AUGUUCCCGGUGCCGCACAAGUUUGAUCAGGCUUGUCCACAAACGGGGUGCUCUCUGUUGCAUUGUCCGUUCGACCAUUCAGGUGUUGUGCCUUCUAGACGCAAGCGCAACCGCGUAAAUGAGACGAACCACGACAUUUUGAGGCAAGACCGUACAGUGAAGGCUGUCAAGGUAGUCAAGGAACCGAAAGGAUCCAAGUUGAUCCCUCGCCAGGUUUAUCCGAAUGCGCCCGAGACGAUUCCCCAGAGACUGAAUUACCUAAGACAGCUAGAGAACCAUUACAGGUCUAAGGGCCAUGGCACUGAAUCUAGUGUGGAGAAGGCGAUAGAAACCGAGUUUGAGAUCGCCACUUCUUGUUCAACCAAAAUUGCGUACAACAACAAAAUCAAAACCUUGUUGUACAAUCUGGUGAAAUUUGGCAACGAGCAUGGCAAGCCGUCUCAAGCACGGAAUACACAUGAUAUGGCCAGUCUUGACGACUGGCUGGAUCGCCUGUUUUCAGUGUGCAUUCCUCGAAAACGACUAGAAAGACACGGUUAUCCAAUGCAAAUCCCUGAGGCCGAAAAAGAAGACUCUUCGUUUCUUCCUUCAGAACCAAAGGCACCUGGUCUCAAGUCGUGUUUGAGAUGCAACGAAGAGUUCAUGAGAUCUACCCAGAUGAAAGAAACGACAUGCUGUUACCACCCGGGAAAACAAGAGGUUCUAAAACAGGCUGAGAACUCGGCUGCAAGCAACGAUUACAACUCGCGGGUGUUUUCUUGUUGUAAUCAGACCGUAGGAGAAGCUCGUGGGUGCAAGGUGUUGAAACAUCAUGUCUUCAAGCACUCCACUAUGAAGGAUAUGCACGAGGAGUUACCUUUUGUUGAGUUGCCAGAGCACACAUCAAACUCAAAAGCUCUGAAGGCUGUUGGUCUCGAUUGCGAGAUGGGAUUCACAUCCUGUGGGUUUGAAUGCAUCAAGAUCAGUAUUGUGGACUACGUGACCGAGAAGACGAUCCUGGAUAAGUUGGUCAAACCCAAGGGAGAGAUUAUUGAUCUUAAUACCCAUGUAUCGGAUGUGGCUGAGAUUCCAGAAGACUCUCUCGACCUUCAACAAAUACAAUCGUUACUUCGGGAAAUUUUUGACUCAGAGACUGUUGUGGUGGGACACGGACUUGAGAACGACUUUAAUUGUCUAAGAUUACUGCCUACUCAGCGAAUUGUCGAUACCGCGAUUUUGUAUUCCGAGUCUUCUUUGGUGAGGAGAAAGGAUUCUCUCAAGAAGCUAGCGUGGAAGUAUCUGAGUUUGAAUAUUCAGUCUGGAACACACGAUUCUGUGGAGGAUUGUGUCAUUCCGAUUCAAAUCGUGAAGAAUCGAUUAGGUAAGAGGAACUCGAACUAG